GCCCAGUUGGAAGGGGCAUCUGCGGCGCGCCGUCUCAUUGGCUGGCUGCGAAGCGGUCCCAGGCCUGCGAUUGGCCGACGGGCGGGCGGGCCGUUAGCGUCAUGGAGGCGCCUGGGGCGCUGGGUGAGCCCCGGUUCCGGGAGCCGGCGGACGGCGAGGAGCCCGGGCCUCCGAAGAGGAGGAGAACCGAAGAGGAUCAAGAGGGAGCCGUCUUUCGUGAAGUAGUGGGUUUCUCCCCGGAUCCUUUGCCGGUCAGAUACUAUGACAAGGACACCACCAGCCCCAUCAGCUUUUACUUGUCCUCUGUGGAGGAGCUCCUGGCAUGGACCCCCGACGUGGAGGACGGCUUCAACGUGGCCGCGGGCCCCGUCCAGAGUCGGCGGCCCCCCUUGAGCAGCCAGAGGCCCCGGACCUUGCUGUGCCACGACAUGAUGGGCGGGUACCUGGAUGACAAGUUCGUCCAGGGCUCGGCGGCCCCGAGCGCCUACGUCUUCUACCACUGGCAGUACAUCGACAUCUUUGUGUACUUCAGCCACCACAUGGUCACCGUCCCCCCGGUGGGCUGGACCAACGCCGCCCACCGGCACGGGGUCUGCAUGCUGGGCACUUUCAUCACCGAGUGGAAGCCAGGCGGACAGCAGUGCGAGGCCUUCCUGGCGGGGGACGACCGGGCGUACCAGGCGGUGGCCGACCAGCUGGUCCUGAUGGCCCAGUUUCUGGGCUUCGACGGCUGGCUGGUCAACAUCGAGAACUCUCUGAGUCCAGCCGCCGUGGGGAACAUGCCGCGUUUCCUUCAGUACCUGACCGCCCAGCUGCACCGGCAGGUCCCGGGCGGCCUGGUGCUCUGGUACGACAGCGUGGUGACCAGCGGGCAGCUCAGAUGGCAGGACGAGCUGAACGAACACAACAGGGUCUUCUUCGAUUCCUGCGACGGCAUCUUCACCAACUACAACUGGAGGGAGGAGCACCUGGAGCGCAUGCGCGGCCAGGCCGGCGAGCGCCUGGCCGACGUCUACGUGGGCGUGGACGUGUUCGGCCGGGGGAACGUCGUGGGGGGACGGUUUGACACCAACAAGUCGCUGGAACUGAUCCGGAAGCACGGGCUCUCGGCGGCCCUGUUUGCGCCUGGCUGGGUGUACGAGUGUCUGGAGAAGACGGAGUUCUUCCAGAACCAGGACCGGUUCUGGGGUUUGCUGGCGCCCUACCUGCCCACACACAGCAUCUGCUGCCUGCCCUUUGUCACUUCCUUCUGCCCGGGCAUGGGGACCCGCAGAGUCCGCUAUGGCCAGGAGGAGGCCGUGGGGCCCUGGUACCACCCCGGCGCCCAGGAACCCCAGCCCCUGUUCGGAGAGCACAGGCUGGAAGAAGACCCACGGGGCUGGGUGAGGACGCAGGUCUGCCUGGCUGAUGCCUGGAGUGGGGGCGGUUCCCUGCUCAUCCGGGGGGCGAUCCCGCCCGAGGUCGGGCAGGUGGCUGUGAGGUUAUUCUCCCUGCAGGUCCCACUGCCGCCCAGGAUCUUCCUGUCCCUGGUGUAUAAGCUGGAGGGGACGGCCAAGGUCCGAGUCGCUCUGGAGCUCACCACGGGGGACGAGGGCAGCUGUGACGUCGGCGGCAUCUCCACGUUGAGUGCAGACACGAGCACCAGGCACAGUCCCCGACCCCUCCGGGUGCCCCCCCCGAAGCUGGCCAGAUGGACGGCCCGCUGUGGCCAGCAGCUCGCUGGGGGCUGGGUCCAGCGCUGCUACGAGCUGAGGGUGCGCCGCUGCCUCCUGGGGGACCUGUUCAUGAGCUUCAGCCGGCCUCUGGGCAGCCGGGACGAGGAGAGCUUCGUCUGCCGCCUCGGGGAGGUCCAGGUGGUGGGUGCUCACGGCCUGCAGAGCCCUCUGCCCCGGGUGCAGGGCGUCUCCGUGUCUCGGACCUGCUGGCGGCGGGCGGCCCCCGAGGGGGCGGAGCCUCAGCCCGGGCUGCGGCUCAGCUGCACCCUGCGCUGGUCCUGCCCCCUGAGCCUCGUGCGAUGCUUCCGGAUCCACUGUGGCCGCGGGGCGGACGGCGGCCCUUCCGGCGGGGGACCCCCGGCACCGGAGAGGCCCACGUUCCUGGGCCUGGCUUUCGUCAACCAGUACCGCGUCUUGGACCUGGCGGUGGCAGAGAGAGAGCCUGGCCGGGAGGCCCGCGUGGAGUUCCUGGUGGAGCCGGAGCCCAGGGAGGGGCUCCUGGUGCCGCGGGCCCAGUGGGGCAGGGCGGCCGUGCUCUACUCCUUGCCCAGCCCCUGAGCGGACGGACAUUCAGGCCCCGCCCCCCCGCGGAGGCUGCUUCCCCGAGGAGGCCCCGGGUGCUGUGGUUUUGGGGGUGGCGGGGGCGGCGCUGGGAACAGGGGAGCCGAGGAGUCAGUUUGCUGGCUGCUGGUCCCCUGAGGUGCGUGGACGCCCCCGCCUUUGUCCAGUCCCUCUCUGUACUACACGAUUCCCAGGGAAGAGUGACAGGGUUUGGGAAAGUGGGGCCCAGAAAAUUCCAUAAAGGGAACUUCCUGAUAGGCUCAUGCUGAGAAUGGCGACCUUUCAUUCGGCAGGUGGAACAAUUAGGAACAAACUUAAAUGAGUGGGGAGGCUUCGGAGCAGGCCCCAGGGGCAUUUGUGAGGGCGCAGGCUGCCGGGGCAGGGGGUGCAGUGACGGGUGGGUGCAGGGUGGUGCCCGGGGGCUGGCCCGCUCCCCCUUUGCAGGGGGCUCCACGGCUGGGCUGGCGCGGGGCAGGAGGAGCCACCACCGUCCAGACGGCCUUGUGUUGUGCUUUCCCUGUUUACUGUCCCCUGGGCUGGGCCCGUGUCCUGAUGUGUCUCUCUGGGCUGGUGGCGAUGGGGGGAGCUGGUACGGGGCCCCGGCCCCGCCUCCGCGGUGAGCGAGGGUCCAGGCUUGGGGAGCAGCAGCAGGCCCAGGAAGGCCCCGGGGGUAGCCCAGCCCACAGCCUCCUCCCUCUCCCGCUCCGGGGGGCGCUCCUUGAGUGGGUGCUGGCAGGGGGCCUCCUCGUGUGCGAGCAGCACAGGGGCCUCUGCAUGGCGCUCCCCCCCCCGCCCCCCAGCACUGUCCUUGCCUCUCUGACUGCUGAGGGUGGCCACAGCUCCUCGCCAGGAGUGGUGGUGAGCUGGGGAUGGCUCCUCCAGCCGCACUACCCCCCUGUGGUGGUCCCCUGGGGAGCCACCCCCCUCAACCUGCUUCUCUCCCAUGCCUGAGGGGGGGGACAAAGGCCUUGUGUCCCUUGUUCUUGGGACAACUCACCCAGGGCUUCCAGGCUAGUGAUGAGGUUACCUCCCGAUCCCUACUGUCCUGGACUUCUGCUACAAGGUGGUGGGUGGCGCUAGGAGCCAGGACACUGGUCGCCUCCCAGCUGCCAUGGGUCCCAGCUCCGGGUCUGCAGACUGGACUCUGCUGUAGUGAGCAGGGGAGGCCACCAGGUGGCAGUGCAGUUGCCGCUCCGCCUACGGGGCUUCGGGACAAGUGCCGGGUGGGCUGGCAAAGUCAGCCUUGGGGACACACAUGGAAGGGCUUCCAGGGCGACACUGGCCUUCACCUGCACCUUCCCCACCUCCCCACGCUCCCACGCUCCUCUUCCACAGCACAACACGGCGACCUCCAGUUCCACGUCUUACCUAGUGGGGAACAUCCACUGUUCACGCCCGGCACGGGCGGCCUGGCCAGCUGGGGAGCAGGGGGGAGAGCCGCGGCAGCCCGGCUUCUCAGGGCUCUGACAGCCCCCCACCACGCUCCGAGCCCGUCUCUUGCUGUGAUCCGGGGGCUCCUGGCCUCUGGCCCCGGACCUGGGCGCCCAAAGUGGACAACACAGCUGGAACUUAUUUCACGAAGGCCCCUCCCCCUCCCUUUAAAUUGCUGGUCCCGGGAUAUUUUAUGCGGAGGAGGGAGAAUUUAUAGUGGCAAUUAUUUCCUCAUAGUCUGGUGAGCAAGCAAUUAGAAGGGGGCUCAGCAGAGCACGGCGCGGCGGAGGCACCCCACCCUGACCCCCAGGAGCGCGGUCCCCAGUCCCACUCCGCCGCCAGUCAAGGCCGGUGUGCGGCGGAAUCAAUACGCCGGCGUUUCAGCCC